UGGAAAGUAGUAAUCUUCAGUUUUCAAGACAUUUGAGAUGUCUCGAGGUGAUCUCCCCUCAUCUCUCUCCUCCUCUUGACACCUGUCCAAAGCUACGUCACAAAUGACUGCAGCGGCUCUUCUCUGCCAGCAGGUGGCGCGCUGGGCCUUGAUGCUGUGUCUGGGUGUUUUGAGGUUAAAUAGCAGCGUGCUCAAUUAUCACUGCUGCCCUUGCUCCAGCCUCUCUGACGUGACACGCCCCGGGCUUGUACCUUUGUAAAACUGUUAUUUUGGUCACCGCACAUGGCAAGUUGAGCUCAUCUGUGAAGCGCAGAGGAGCAGCCACAAGUGGUGAACCAGAUUCUGCUAGAUCAGGGACUACAAGCCCCUCAUCACGCCCACUACAACGCUGACAUAGCUGCUGGAGAGAGCUAGUACAUAUAUAACAAGGCUGUUUUCUUGUGCUUGUUGUUUGUGGCGUUUGUCUUUGCCCCGGGGUGAGCCGCGCUGGGACCUGCUGCUGCUGCUGUAGUCUACUGGGUGUGUGAAGAAGUUUGGUGGGGAAGCUCACACGUUCAGCAGGUGGAGAGGGCGACGCAGAUAAUUGCAUCUUAACAGGACGAUAUCCGACUUUGGUGAACUUGUGUCUGGAUGGCUCGCUGUGUGAAACUGACUGGCUCUGGUCCGUGGGGUUUCCGAAUAAGCGGAGGCAGAGACUUCAAGAAGGCUGUAACUGUAUCAAAGGUCAAUGAGGGCAGUAAGGCUUACCAUGCCAACCUACAAGCUGGCGACAUUAUAUUAGAGAUAAAUGGUGAAAACACCACACAGAUGUUGAAUGUGGAGGUCCAGAACAAGAUCAAGAGCUCAAAGCUGCACCUGGAACUGCUGGUCGAGAGCCCUGGUCUCUCUACUUUGCUCCAAACCAAUGGUAUCAAGUCUCCUGACCAACUCACUGGCCGCUUUCAGGAGUCUUUAAUUGUGAGUCGUGACGAGAACCAGAACUACAGAGAGUCUCCUGGACCCUACUCACCUGACCCUCCUGCAAGUCCCAGUGGCAAAAUACCCAACAAGAAUAAGGGGGUUCAGAUGCGCUCAUGGUCUCCUGAGGACAGAGGCCAAAUAUUGAGCAGACCACUGUCACAGGAGUUCUCUCCAGACUUCAGAAACCUCUCUGGAUCCAGUCGAACUCCCACUCCUCCAGGACGAUACUCCCCUCACAGCCCCACUGACCGAGAUGUGCCCAUGUCUCCACGGCGCAGUUCCGGCUCUGACUUUGCCAUGCAGAGGUUUGACAAAGACUCAGAGGUGUACAAAAUGAUCCAGGAGAACAAGGAGUCUCGCACUAAUCCACGACAAUCCAACACCUUCAAAAUGCUGCAAGAAGUGCUCGAAGCUGAUGAGAAAGAGGCAGCGCUGAGGUUCCCAGGAAAACUUUCUCCCAACCCACCCAAAACCAGCUCUGUGGGUGGAGGCAUUAAACACCACACUUGUGAGAAGUGUGGCACUAGCAUUACGACACAGGCUGUGCGCAUCAUGGAUGAUCGUUUUCGCCACCCAGAGUGCUACAAGUGCUCAGACUGUGGAUUGAACCUGCGGAUGAGAGGGCACUUCUGGGUCGACGAUGUGAUGUACUGUGAGAAGCACGCCAAAGAGCGGUACCAUGGGCCUGGCCUACCUUCUCAUUAUUGAGCUCUUACCCGGCCCAAAGGACACAACAGUGUUCAGCCCUAACAGAACUAAGAACCUAUGGACAGACACAAGGGUGGACUAUCAAUGACAUGCCAAUGGAAUUUCUUUCUUGAUCACUUUUUUGCUGUAUUGUAUUAUGAUUACUUUUCUUGCUAACUAUCAAUAGUAUAUGACCCAGUCUAUAUGGUUUAUAAAACUCUCUCUAUAGAUGCAAAAUGCCCUUGAUUUGCAAAACUUUGAAGAUGCCAAAACCUUGAACAAACUUGUCUGGACUGGUCCCUAACAGUUUGAGGCUCUGAUUAAUUAGAUGGUACUGGGUUAAUUAAAUGGGACCAAACCUUAUCUAUUGCAUGCCAUCAGGGCAGUGUUGUGUGGGGUGGUGGCUGUGUAGAGAUACAUGCUUUUACACGCAGAGGUGUCAGAGCCUCUGCAUGCCUUCUUAACAGCUGCAUGACGCGUGAGUGAUCUGGGUCCAAGUGAGCUAAUGGAUGGUUUAUUCUGUGCCUGAACAGGCUAAAAUAAAAUUAUUAGACUUCAGAUAGGCAAUACAUGUUGUGGUUAGAAAUAUAAAAGAAAUACAGACUUAUGUUUAUGAGGGAUUUAUAAGAUGUUCACUUGACAAAUAAUUUGUUUGGUUAUGAAAAUGUUAUUUUGUAUAGACCAUGCAUAACAGGACAUUCACUGUGAAGUUACAAUACACAGGUCCAGUUUGCAGCAGUAUCCUGAGAUGACCUUGUUCACAUUUAAUGUGGCACUUAAUAAAUGAUCUAAAGUC